AUGCCUGACGCGACCGCGCCCCGCCCUUUACCGGGUUUCUUGCUACUGAGCGUGCUAGUCCCUGCGGCUGCUUGGUUCAUUAUCCGGCCUGUCAUCGCGCCAGUGCCCGCUCUGCCUGCUCUACAUGUCUCGCUUGGGAUGUCUAUACUUGCAUUCAUUGGCACAUUAUAUCUUGUCCCUGCAGUCGGACCGUCCAUGGUCAAGGCGAACCUGAAGGGACGCGACCUGCUCAAGACGUAUAGCACACCAAUACCCGAAAGUUUAGGAUUAGUCUGCGCAUGCGUCUACAUCCUCUCCUUAAUCACCUUCAUCCCCUUUGCCUUCUCCACCUUCAACGGCUUCCACCAAUACACCGUGCGCGAAGGCAUAAUCAUCAACGCGUUUCCGCAUUACCAGCUCUCCGUCUACCUCUCUUCUCUACUAUCGCUGCUUGUUGCAGCGAUGUUGGGCUUUCUGGACGAUGUGUUCGAUAUUCGAUGGAGGCAUAAGCUGCCGAUCCCUAUCAUCGCCAGUAUACCGCUGUUGAUGGUGUACUAUGCGGAGAGGGGCAAUACGAAUGUUGUCGUGCCACUACCGCUAAGGUUUAUCUUUGGGACUUUGUUGAACCUCGGCCCAUUAUACUACCUGUACAUGUCGAUGCUAUCAACAUUCUGUACCAACAGCAUCAACAUCCUCGCCGGAAUUAACGGCUCCGAAGCUAGCCAAGCGCUCAUCAUUGCUCUUUCGGUCAUCCUGAACGAUCUCCUAUAUCUGCCAUGGCCGUUUGGUUUCCACAUCCCGGUGCACCUACUAGGUAACAAGGCCGAAGUUGAAGUUGGAGGCGUAUGGAGUGCCGGCAUGGCAUACGGCAGCACAGAGCUUGUCGAGAGGCAUCUGUUCAGCUUGUACUUCAUGCUGCCGCUCGUCGGCGUGACCUGUGGAUUCUUGUACCACAACUGGUACCCCGCCCGCGCCUUCCCUGGGGACACAUUGUGCUACCUCGCCGGCAUGGCCUUCGCAGUAGUCGGCAUCCAAGCACACUUCUCAAAGACGCUCCUCCUCUUCUUCCUCCCGCAAAUAUUCAACUUCAUCCUAUCGUGCCCACAACUCUUCGGCCUCGUUCCUUGUCCACGCCAUCGUGUGCCGCGCUUCGACGCCGACGCCAACUUGCUGCAUCCGAGCAAAGCGCUAUUCCUCACCCCGCCGAAUGGACUUUCGACACUAGUGUUGAAGAUGUUGGCGGCGCUCAAAUUGACGGAGUUGACUGUUCAUCCGCAGACGGGGGCCAUUCUGGAGUGCAAGAACCUUACUAUCCUCAACUUCCUUCUCGUGCGCCUGGGCCCGAUGAACGAGAAGAGGCUCACGCAGACGCUCAUUACAGUCCAGAUUUCAGGAAGUGUUUUGGCGUUCGUCGUCCGCUACGGUCUGGCUGGAUUAGUUUACGACGGCGACCGGCGCUGA